CACAUACGCCAAGUCCGCGUCCCCUUCCCCAACAGCUCCACUAGCAGUAACGUCUCGGCCAUGAGCUCUCCAGCGGCGUCUCCUCCUUCACCGGCAGCGCUGCGUCAGAUCCCGAUCGUGUGUCCGGGCCACUCUCGUCCCCUGGCAGAGCUGCACUAUAGUCGCAGUAACCUGCUGAUCUCGGCAUGUCACGACAAGCUUCCCAUGUUGCGGCACGGCGACUCCGGUGACUGGAUCGGCACGUUCGAGGGCCACAAGGGUGCGGUGUGGAGCGCCAAACUGGACAACGAGGCCGAGUUCGCAGCCACAGGCAGUGCUGACUUUUCGGUUAAGAUCUGGGACGCACUUACCGGCGAUGUGGUCACGACACUCGAGCACAAGCACGUGGUCAAGAGCGUUGCUUUCACGGCGGACGGCGCACGGCUGCUCACUGCGGGCCACGAAAAGAUUCUCCGGGUUUUCGAUAUAUUGGGCGUUAAGGAGCAGCUGCAGACCUACAAGGCUGACGGACGUACAGGCAUCGUGGUGCUGCCGCCGCCGCCUCUUGCAGAGAUGUCCACGGCCCAGCAGAUCCGCAAGGUUGUUGUACUUAGCGACCGGCUGGCAGCUACGGGCGAAGUGGACGGCACGGUCACCAUUUGGGAUCUAGAUGCGUACACGCAGACGCGACAGUUCAAGGUGGACGCAGACGUCAUGGACAUGGAAGCGUCCAGGGACGGACAGGUGCUCACAGUCGCGGCCGGCAAACAGGUGUAUUUCUACGACGUUAACAAGGAUUUUGCACUGCUGCAUGCGUUCCCGAUGCCCAUUUCGUUCGCAGAGGAAGGAGGCGCGUCGCUGCAUCCAACGGAGAACAAGUUUGUGGCUGGUGGCUCGGACACGUGGGUGCGCGUCUUUGACUUUAAGACAGGAGAGCUAUUGGAGACGCACAAGGGACACCACGGACCCGUGAGAUGUCUGCGCUACUCGCCCUCGGGUGACUCAUUCGCGACGGGCUCGGAAGACGGCACGAUCCGCAUCUGGCAGAAUGACUCCAAGUCUGCGGCUGCUACGUCCGUCGCGGACACGACCGUGAGCUCGAGUUAAAACAAAGCAGCGCGAUCUUCUGGUACUGCGGGCUCGUGAAGAUGCAGAGGCAGAAACGUUAGAGAAGGCAAAGAGCAUGUACGAAAACGCGAUCAGAAAAAGCAGGAAAUAAAGUGUGAAAAAAACGACUCGAUGUGUAGAUGGCAGGCUCAAA